AUGACUUCGGUUCCGAAACUGUCGACCGUGAUAUCGUGGUUCUUCUACUUGAUCCCGGUAUACCUCUUCGUCCUCAACCCGCUUCUCAGCCAGAUUUUCCCCGGGCCGAUAUCGGUUUCUUCCGAUGACGGCGAUACCUUUGACGAGUUCGAUAAGACCGCCGCCCCGGCAUUGAACCUCGCCGACGAUAGCUUUAUCAGCCCGGAGGAUGGUGUGCCGUCGAAUUGUCCCGGAGAGGGCGAUGGGUACCACGUGCAUCUCUUGUCGCGUGAGCCGUUGGUGAUGUAUAUUGAGAAUUUCCUGAACCAUGAGGAGGCAGGCCAUCUUGUUGAUGUGAGUGUGAAUAAAUAUACCCCUUCCAUCGUCUACGACGGCAUCAACGAACGAGUCGAUCCCUCCAAACGCCUUUCGGACCGCGCUCUCCUCGAUCGCGACGACACCGUACGUUGCCUCGAAGAGCGCGCUCGCGCCUUCCAGGGCUGGCGCCCACACCUUUAUAUCGAGCGCAUGUGGGCGCAACGCUACAACGCCUCGGGCCAUUACCGGCACCACUUCGACUGGACUGGGUCACUGGCCCACGGCGGUGACCGUCUCAGCACAUUCAUGGUCUACCUGGAUGCAGACUGCACGGGUGGCGGGACGAAUUUCCCGCGCCUGCGCAUGCCGCCGGGGAAGCAGUGGUGCCGGUUCCUGGAGUGCGAGGAGGACGGCCAGCAUCCGCCGCCGGGAAUCACGUUCAAGCCUAUCAAGGGGAAUGCGAUCUUUUGGGAGAAUCUGCGCCCGGAUGGGACGGGGUACCCGGAGACCUGGCAUGCGGCGUUCCCGGUGUCGUCGGGGACGAAGGUGGGCUUGAAUAUUUGGAGCUGGUACCAGCCGCCGAAGAGAAAGCAGCGUCAGGGGUAA